AUGGCGACUUGCGUUGCACGUGGUGCUACGAGUGGCGGUGGCAGCGAGGCAGAAGGAGAGAAGUGGAGACGGGCAAGGGCGGAUGGGACGCUUUGUGAUGAUGGGGAGGAGGCGAAGGAGUGCAGUGCGGUGAUGGGUGGUGAGGAGGAGGAGGAGGAGGAGGAGGAGGAGGAGGAGGAGGAGGAGGAGGAGGAGGAGGAGGAGGAGGAGGAGGAGGAGGAGGAAGAGGAGGAAGAAGAGAAAGAGGAGGAGGAAGAGGAAGAGGAGGAGGAGGGAGGGAGAAGGGAGGACAACCGGGAGAAGGAGGCAGGUGUGAGGGGAGAACAGGGAGGAGGAGGCAGGGCUGUGGGGCGGAGAGGGGGGCACGAGGCCGGGGUUUUACGGCAGGGUGGCAGCAGCAGAGGCAGAGCGCAUGGGGGCAGGGCUGCGUUGGGGGAGGAGCGAGAUUGGAAUGGGCGUGCUGAUGUGCGUGCUGAUGAUGAUACUCAUGGCGUCACGAACCGAUGCCUUGGCGUAGGCAGGGAGGGCAUGGAGGGGAGGGAGGGCAGUGAGCGCAUGGAGAGGAGGGAGAGGAGGGAGGGUAGGGAGGGCAGAGAGGGCAGGGAGGGCAGAGAGGGCAGGGAGGGCAGGGAGGGCAGAGAGGGAAGGGAGGGAAGGGAGGGAAGGGAGGGAAGGGAGGGAAGGGAGAGAAGGGAGGGAAGGGAAGGCACUGAGAGCAGGGAGGGUGAAAUGGACAUGGGGGGCAUGGAGGUGGAUGUGGGGGAGCUGCUGCUGUGGCUGCAUGCUAAUGGCGCCACUCCUGACCCACACACAUGGCCCUUCAAGGUGGUGGUGUGUCCGCUGCUGCAUCUGCCCCCCGGAUCCAGACAUGCUGGUCCCAGAGGCAGGCCUGACCUGGGUCUCGUGGCAUCGCGCCACAUAGCGCCGGGAGAGCUGCUCUUCUGCAUACCGCCCAAUCUGCAGAUCACUCCCGAUCGCAUCGCCCCCGCCUACUCGCUCCCUCACACCCACCCCUGCCCCUGCUCCUCUUGCUCCCCCUCGCCCUUUCCUCCUACGCCCACUUCUGCCUCUAAUCCUGGAGGGAGUAACCCAGGGAGUGAGAGUAAGGGAGAGGAGAAGGGAGAGGAGAAGGGAGAGGGGAAGGGAGAGGAGAAGGGAGAGGGGAAGGGAGAGGGUGAGGAGGAGGAGCGGUGCGAGGAGGGACUUGGAGGCCUCAACAGAGACUUAGAGCCUGGGAACCCUUUAUUCACUGAAGGUGGCAGUGGUGGCAGUGGCAGUGGUAGUAGCAGUGGUUCCACUGGAUGCAGCAGAUGGCAGGGGAGCAGCGUGGAGAGCACGAGAGAUGGUGGCGCUGCUGCUGUGUGCGUCCGUGCAGAUCCGGCCUGUUCUGGCGGCUGUGGCGGCAGUUGCAACUCUGACAGCAGUGGCAGCAGUAGCAGCGAUGUCUGUAGUAGCAGCGUGUGUUCACUGCCGGAAGACCGGGUGUGCAAUGUUGCAGACUCAGCACGUGGUAGUGAUAGUAGCACUGUAGUAGCUGAAGCAUCAGUAGCUGCAAGUUCAGCAGCAUUAGUAUCGUGCACUGUCCCCUGCCCGCAUCAUCCCCCACCCGCAUCAUCUCCCACCCGCAUCAUCCCCCACCCGCAUCAUCUCCCACCCGCAUCAUCCCCCACCCGCAUCAUCCCCCACCCGCAUCAUCCCGCACCCGCAUCAUCCCCCACCCGCAUCAUCCCCCACGACUUCAUCAUUUCGGUGGCCGGCCCCUCCUCCUUCCCUCACACAUUUCUCAUGCUGGACUUCCAACCUCCAACCCAACCAGUCAACCCGAUGCUGCACCCCACCGCACCUCCCAACCACAGGCGGUGGCGUAUCGGCAUGCUGGCAUACCGGCACGCGUACGAGCAGGAGUACCGGCGGUGCGCCCCUGACUUCAUCGCCCAUGCGCCCCUCUCCGCCUUCCUCUGGGCCAUGACCGUCAUCUCCUCUCGCACCUUCUCCUCCCCUUCCCCUCCCUCCUUGCCCUCCUCCGCCUCCGCUGACCCCUCCUCUUCCUCCUUGCCACCUUCAGCCGCAGCAGCAGCGCCAGUGCCAGCAGCAGCAGCAGCAGCAGCAGCAGCAGCAGCAGCAGCAGCAGCAGCAGCAGCAGCAGCAGCAGCAGCAGCAGCAGCAGCAGCAGCAGCAGCAGCAGCAGCAGCAGCAGCAGCAGCAGCAGCAGCAGCAGCAGCAGCAGCAGCAGCAGCAGCAGCAGCAGCAGCGCCAGCGGCAGCAGCAGCAGCUGCGGCAUGUGAGGAGAACAGCUGGGGGGCGCUGCUGCCCCUGGCGGAUCUGAUGAACCACAGCGAGCACUACAACGUCACAUGGACUGUCAGUGCCAACGCCCUCCCUUUCUCUCCCUCCCUCCCUCCCUCCCUCCCUCCUUCCCUCCCUCCCUCCCUCCCUCCCUCCCUCCCUCCCUCCCUCCCUCCCUCCCUCCCUCCCUCCCUCCCUCCUCCCAAUCCCCUCUCCUGGCAACGUCCCUCCUCUACCAUCCUCGCCAUACCCUAA